GGAGGGGGAGGAAAGGGAGUCACGAUGGGUCCCUAUGCCUUUCGCCACGGGCCACUUCGAAGAGGUGAGCGAUGUGCAAUGGGAGCGGCCUGGAGGAGGCGUUGGCGGAGGACGAUACCUGGUGAGUGUGAGCAAGGAUCAGACCACGCGCCUGUGGGCCGUGGCCUCCCAGACGCGCCGGCUCCACGAGAUGUCGCGGGUCCAGGUUCAUGGCUACGACUUGAGCUGUUGCGACAUGCUCCCGCCGCGACGGCAGGGACCCGGCGACGAGGAGGUCUGGCAAGAGCACCGCUUGGUCUCGGGGGCGGACGAGAAGACGCUGCGGGUCUUCGACGCCCCCCGGAAAGUGCUCGGCCUCUUGGCGGCCCUGGCGGGGAUCCAAUCCGCCCAGCCUGCCCGCAUUGAGACGGCCUACAUCCCCGCCUUGGCCCUGUCGAGCAAGGCGGUGGGCGUCACUGCAUCCUCUUCCUCGACCGUGGCCCAUGUGCAGGGUGUGGAGGCGGGGGCGGGGAGGGAAGAGGCCUGGAAGGCAGGAUCGGCCGUCGG